UUUUUUUGAGUGAUUACAUUUUCUAUUAAUAUUGUUGAAACAGUUUUACAAUUAUAAAAAUGCUAACUGUUUAAAAAUGUUCUUUUAGCUUACAUCUAAGAAUAUACAGUGCAUGAGGACGUUACUUAGCUUGGCUCAUUGUCAUGGAGCUGUCCUUGGUACAUCUUGGCAACUUGUCUUAGCUACACUCCAGCAUCUUGUGUGGAUUCUUGGUUUGAAACCAGGCACUGGAGGUGCUUUAAAGCCUGGAAGAGCUGUAGAAGGACCUAGCACAGUUCUAACUACGGCUGUUAUGACUGAUUUGCCAGUUAUCUCCAACAUUCUUUCCAAACUGUUUGAAAGUUCACAGUAUCUGGAUGAUGUUUCAUUACAUCAUUUAAUAAAUGCACUUUGUUCAUUGUCUCUGGAAGCUAUGGAUAUGGCUUAUGGAAAUAAUAAGGAACCAUCAUUGUUUGCUGUUGCCAAAUUGCUAGAAACAGGACUGGUUAACAUGCAUAGGAUUGAAAUUCUGUGGAGACCCCUGACUGGUCAUCUUUUGGAGAAGGUCUGCCAACAUCCAAACUCACGGAUGAGGGAAUGGGGGGCGGAAGCUUUAACUUCUCUCAUCAAAGCAGGGCUGACAUUUAACCACGACCCUUCGCUCUCUCAGAACCAGAGGCUUCAGCUGCUGUUACUAAACCCACUGAAAGAGCUGUCAAAUAUCAGUCACCCUGAUAUUAGGCUCAAGCAGUUGGAAUGCGUUUUACAGAUUUUGCAAAGCCAAGGGGACAGUCUAGGGCCUGGAUGGCCCUUGGUACUUGGAGUUAUGGGAGCAAUUAGAAGUGAUCAAGGAGAGUCUCUAAUACGGACUGCAUUCCAGUGUCUCCAGUUGGUUGUGACUGACUUUUUGCCAACAAUGCCAUGUACUUGCCUACAGAUUGUGGUAGAUGUCGCUGGAAGUUUUGGGCUUCACAACCAAGAACUAAACAUCAGCUUAACAUCAAUUGGUCUUUUGUGGAAUAUUUCAGACUAUUUCUUCCAAAGAGGUGAAAUUAUUGAAAAGGAGUUAAACAAGGAAGAAUCAGUGUUACAGAAGCAAGCGGAAGAAAAGGGGGUAACACUGAACCGUCCCUUCCAUCCGGCACCACCAUUCGAUUGCCUCUGGCUGUGUCUGUAUGCCAAGCUCGGCGAACUCUGUGUAGAUCCACGCCCUGCAGUUAGAAAGAGUGCUGGGCAGACUUUAUUCUCUACAAUCGGUGCUCAUGGAACUUUACUUCAGCAUUCAACAUGGCAUACAGUUAUAUGGAAGGUUCUCUUUCAUUUGCUGGAGAGAGUGCGAGAAUCUUCUACAACUGCUGAUAAAGAGAAGAUUGAGUCUGGUGGUGGUAACAUUCUCAUUCACCAUUCACGAGAUACAGCAGAGAAACAGUGGGCUGAGACAUGGGUACUAACAUUGGCUGGAGUAGCUAGAAUAUUCAACACAAGGCGAUACUUGUUGCAGUCCUUAGGAGAUUUUUCUGAAGCUUGGGAUGUUCUUCUUGAUCACAUUCAGUCAGCUGCACUCAGCAAAAACAAUGAGGUUUCUUUGGCUGCUUUGAAAAGCUUUCAGGAAAUCUUACAAAUUGUGUCUCCUGUUAGAGAAACUGAAAAACCUGAUACACCCCCUGCUAUUAAUGUUCCUGUGCCUGUCCUUAUAGGAUCAGUGACUGCCACUGGCCUUGGAAGAUCUUUUAUGAGAACUGAUUCUAUAGGAGAAAGGAUUGGAAAAUACAGUGCAACUGAACCCCCUCUAAUAACAGAUGAAAUCGAAGACUUGGAUCUUUGGUGGGCUGCAUGGAACAGUUGGUUUAGAAUUGGUUCAGAAAGUACAAAGCCUCCACUUUCUUUUGAUAAAAUGACUUUUAUUCCCAGUCAGCCUUUUCUUACAGCUUUAAUACAGAUAUUUCCAGCCCUUUAUCAACACAUCAAAACGGGUUUCAGUAUGGAUGAUCUCCAAAAACUAGGUGUCAUUCUACAUGGUGCAAUCUCUGUUCCAAUCAGUUCGGAUGCAUCUCCUUUCAUUUUACCAUCAUAUACUGAGGCAGUUCUAACAAGUUUGCAAGAAGCAGUUCUUACGGCUUUAGAUGUCUUACAAAAGGCCAUAUGUGUAGGUUCAGAAAACAUGCAAGUAAUGUAUCCUGCUAUCUUUGAUCAGUUGUUAGCUUUUGUUGAAUUUUCCUGUAAACCACCGCAAUAUGGACAGCUAGAAACAAAACACAUUGCCAAUGCAAAAUACAAUCAGAUACAACUGUUUGCACCGGCAGAAUGGGUAGCACUGAAUUAUGUACCAUUUGCAGAAAGGUCUUUAGAAGUUGUGGUAGAUCUGUACCAAAAGACAGCUUGUCACAAAGCUGUGGUAAAUGAAAGAGUCCUUCAGAAUAUUAUCAAGACACUGAGGAUGCCUCUUAGUUUGAAGUAUGCUUGUCCUUCAGAAAGCACAUGGAAACUGGCAGUUUCUUCACUCCUAAAAGUUCUCUCAAUUGGGUUACCAGUUGCAAGACAGCAUGCUUCCUCUGGAAAAUUUGACAGUAUGUGGCCAGAGUUAGCCAACACUUUUGAAAACUUUUUGUUCACUAAAAGUUCACCUCCAGAUAAUCUUUCUAUUCAAGAAUUUCAGAGAAAUGAAAGUAUUGAUGUUGAAGUGGUACAGCUCAUCAGUACAGAGAUACUGCCAUACGCUAAUUUUAUUCCCAAGGAAUUUGUUGGUCAGAUUAUGACUAUGCUUAAUAAAGGUUCAAUACAUUCUCAGUCCUCUUCAUUUACAGAGGCAGAAAUAGAUAUUCGUAUGAGAGAGGAAUUUUCCAAGAUGUGUUUUGAAACACUGCUUCAGUUUUCAUUCAGUAACAAAGUAACAACUCCUCAAGAAGGCUACAUUUCACGAAUGGCACUUUCUGUUCUAUUAAAACGAUCUCAAGAUGUGCUUUAUCGUUACAUAGAAGAUGAAAGACUAAGUGGCAAAUGUCCACUUCCACGGCAACAAGUUACAGAAAUAAUAUUUGUUUUAAAAGCUGUCAGUACUCUCAUAGACUCUCUUAAAAAAACUCAGCCAGAAAAUGUUGAUGAUAACACAUGGGCACAGGUUAUUGCUCUGUACCCAACGUUAGUAGAGUGUAUCACCUGCUCAUCUUCAGAAGUCUGCUCUGCUCUCAAAGAGGCAUUAGUGCCCUUUAAGGACUUCAUGCAUCCACCAGUAUCCAAGGUACAGAAUGGAGAGUCAUGACCAAAUUUUAACACUUUUUAAAGAAAAAUGCAUCUAUUACAAAAAUGUUUAUUAUGACUUGACACAUCCCUAAUAAAUCUCAUGACUUGUACUUGGUAAGCUGCACUGACUGCCUCUAAACUGUACUAACCAGAACUCUGUGAUUCAUAUCAAGCUCGCAUCUGAAUCUGAGGAGUGGGGGGUAAGAAGUGCAAGCCUUUGACUGAGAAGAAUCCAUUUUAAAGUACAGUACUUGCUACAGUAUCUUGAAGUGGUGAUUGAAAAGUGGACUUAUGUAUAGCUUGUUGUGGAUGACUUAAUGAUGUAAUUAAGGAAAAAAACUUUGAUUUAUUGAAUUUAUUAGGCAGGUGUUUUACACCCUUUUUUUCAAGUACAAACUGUACUAAAAUUUUAUGCAAGAUGGUACUGUAACAUUCCAUAUUAUCUGUAACCAGCCUUUGUAAACAAAGGGAAGAUGUAUUUGUGUGUAUAAUAAAUCGUACAGUUCUGUAAAAAAAAAUUGCAUUUAUUAUUUAAAUUAUUUUUAAAUGUUGAUAAUGUUUAAGGCUUGAAAAUAUAUUUAUUAUGAAUAUUAAGUUGUAUGCAUUUUUACUUAAUAAGCGCAUUCAUAUCUGAGCAUACAGGGUUUUUUGUUUUCUUUUUUGGCAUAUUUGAAUGCAUAUUAUCUGUGGCCAAUGAAUAAUAAUUUUACUAACAGGUCAUGUGAAUAAAGAUAGUGGCAAACAGUCUGUGAGCUGCUAUGUUAAAUUAAUCUGCAUAGGCAGAACAUUGCUGUGUAGCACUCAAAACACUACCAUACCUCAUUUCACGAAGUAAUUCUUUUACUGUUAGCCCUUUCGUGCUACACUUUUUAAAAAUCUUAUAUUUGAAAUGUAUGUGUGUUUUGUUUCUUUGUUUUGGUCCUAAACAGCUUUGAAAACCAUUAUUUAAUUACUACUAAAGAUAAUUUCAAGUAUCAGCAAUAUUUUACUGUAUGUCAUUGCCAUUGUUUCAAUUAUCUUAACUGCUUUGUUUUGUAACAUCUUUUCAAACUGAAGAAAAACUGUUCUCUUUGAGUACGCUGUGUGUGUGUGAUACAAAGAAAGAAGUGUAUUUUUGAAGAUAGUUUAGAGAUACAGUAAAUUGUCAAAGUAUAAUUGUUGUUUCCCUUUACUUACAGUCCAGUACCAUGGGGUUACUUUUU